UCAUUUUCUACCAGUUCAUAAUUCACUGCUAUUAAGGGAAUCUAUAAGACUUUUUAUUCUGUCACAAUGACCUAGAUAUGCCUUAUCUCAUGAUUAAUACAGUUUCAUAACUUCAGAAAGGACUUCUGAGAUGAUCUUCCUAACCACCUAAGGAAAGCCAGUACUGAUAAAAUUUCAUUCAGCUCAACAAUCGGUUAUACCCUGCUUAUUUCAGGCUUACAAUCAUCUCAGAAACACUACAAAUUCCUGGGGGCCAGGAAUCACAUCUCAUAUCUGUAUUCACCACAAUUGAGCAUGUUUGGUUGUGAGGAGAGUGGGGAAAGACAUUGAAUAAAUGCUUUAAAACAAAUACAAACAUCGUCACAAACCUUAAAGAAUAAAAAAAUGAUUAUUAUGGAAGAUAGAAUAUAUUUUAAACCACUUAAACAGAAGGAUUUAUUUAAACACAAUAUUUGCUUCUGGAAGAUAUUUAUGUAAACAAAAUUUAGGCAGUAUUCAUCAAACUGAAAAUCUGUGGAGACGCAUGGUGGCGCUGCAGGAUAAUACCAAGAAAAAAUUAACCCUGGAAAACGUUGAAGACCCUGUUAUCCAGUACAGGCAGAGAAUUGGGAAGACAGAAAGAACAAUCCUUUAAGGGACAACCUAGAAGCCAUUCAACAGGGUUAAAAUCCAUAGGUUUCCGAGGAUUUGGUGGACAGAUGAGAGGCAUAUUUCCCGGAACUGCCAAGUGGAACUGAGGCAAUUCUGCAAGAAGAUUUUGGGGUUUUGGAAAAGAAGCUAUGGAAAACGGAGGAGCAGGCACACUGCAGAUAAGGCAAGUCCUGCUUUUCUUUGUUUUGCUGGGAAUGUCUCAAGCGGGCUCUGAACCUGGGCGCUUUUUGGUGAUAGAGGAAAUGCAGAGUGGAAGCUUUGUAGGAAAUUUGGCAAAGGACCUGGGACUGGAGGUGAGUGAGCUGUCUUCGCGUGGGGCUCGAGUGGUCUCUAAUGAUAACAAAGAGUGUUUGCAGUUAGACACACACACUGGGGAUUUGCUCUUAAGUGAAACGCUUGACCGGGAGGAGCUCUGCGGUUCCACCGAGCCUUGUGUGCUGUAUUUCCAGGUGUUAAUGAAAAACCCCACUCAGUUUUUACAAAUUGAGCUCCAGGUCAGGGAUAUAAAUGAUCACUCUCCUGUCUUCUUGGAAAAAGAAAUGCUCCUAGAAAUCCCAGAGAACAGUCCUGUUGGUGCUGUGUUCUUGCUUGAAAGUGCAAAGGAUUUAGAUGUAGGAAUCAAUGCUGUAAAAAGCUACACGAUAAGCUCCAACUCUCAUUUUCACAUUAAAAUGAGAGUCAAUCCAGACAAUAGGAAAUACCCCGAGUUAGUCCUGGACAAGGCGCUGGAUUAUGAAGAGCAACCGGAGCUCAGUUUCAUCCUCACUGCUCUGGAUGGCGGGUCCCCUCCCAGGUCUGGAACUGCCUUGGUCAGGGUGGUGGUUGUGGACGUUAAUGACAACUCCCCUGAGUUUCAGCAGGCUUUUUAUGAGGUGGAGAUUCUAGAGAACAGCAUCCUUGGCUCCCUGGUUGUGACCGUCUCAGCCUGGGAUUUAGACUCUGGAACAAAUGGUGAACUAUCCUAUACCUUUUCCCAUGCCUCAGAAGAUAUUCACAAGACAUUUGAAAUUCAUCAAAAGUCUGGAGAAAUUACUUUAAGAGCACCUUUGGAUUUUGAAUCAAUUGAGUCAUACUCAAUGAUCAUUCAAGCCACAGAUGGGGGAGGACUUUUUGGAAAAUCUACAGUUAGAAUUCAGGUGAUGGAUGUAAAUGACAAUGCUCCUGAAAUCACUGUGUCAUCAAUUACCAGUCCAAUCCCAGAAAAUACACCGGAGAUCGUGGUUAUGGUUUUUAGUCUACGAGACAGAGACUCUGGGGACAACGGAAAGAUGGUGUGUUCUAUCCCGGAAGACCUUCCAUUCGUGCUAAAAUCGUCCGUUAAUAAUUACUACACGUUGGAAACAGAGAGAACGCUGGACAGAGAGAGCAGAGCCGAGUACAACAUCACCAUCACCGUCACUGAUUUGGGGACCCCCAGGUUGAAAACUGAGUACAAUACAACCGUUCUGGUCUCCGACGUCAACGAUAACACUCCCGCCUUCACACAAACCUCCUACACCCUGUUCGUCCGGGAGAACAACAGCCCCGCCCUGCACAUCGGCAGCGUCAGCGCCACAGACAGAGACUCAGGCACCAACGCACAGGUCACCUACUCGCUGCUGCCGCCCCAGGACCCGCACCUGCCCCUCGCCUCCCUGGUCACCAUCAACGCGGACAACGGACACCUGUUCGCCCUCCGGUCGCUGGACUACGAGGCCCUGCAGGCGUUCGAGUUCCGCGUGGGCGCCACAGACCGCGGCUCCCCGGCGCUGAGCAGCGAGGCGCUGGUGCGCGUGCUGGUGCUGGACGCCAACGACAACUCGCCCUUCGUGCUGUACCCGCUGCAGAACGGCUCCGCGCCCUGCACCGAGCUGGUGCCCCGGGCGGCCGAGCCGGGCUACCUGGUGACCAAGGUGGUGGCGGUGGACGGCGACUCGGGCCAGAACGCCUGGCUGUCGUUCCAGCUGCUCAAGGCCACGGAGCCCGGGCUGUUCGGCGUGUGGGCGCACAAUGGCGAGGUGCGCACCGCCAGGCUGCUGAGCGAGCGCGACGCGGCCAAGCACAGGCUGCUGGUGCUGGUCAAGGACAAUGGCGAGCCUCCGCGCUCCGCCACCGCCACGCUGCACGUGCUCCUGGUGGACGGCUUCUCCCAGCCCUACCUGCCGCUCCCGGAGGCGGCCCCGGCCCAGGCCCAGGCCGACUCGCUCACCGUCUACCUGGUGGUGGCGUUGGCCUCGGUGUCGUCGCUCUUCCUGUUCUCGGUGCUCCUGUUCGUGGCGGUGCGACUGUGCAGGAGGAGCAGGGCGGCCUCUGUGGGUGGCUGCUCGGUGCCCGAGGGCCCGUUUCCAGGGCAUCUGAUGGACGUGAGCGGCACCGGGACCCUGUCCCAGAGCUACCAGUACGAGGUGUGUCUGACGAGAGGUUCCGGGACAAGUGAGUUCAAGUUUCUGAAGCCGAUUAUUCCUAACCUCCUACCCCAGAGCACAAGUGGAGGAGUCGAAGAAAAUCUCCCGUUUCAGAAUAAUUUGGGUUUCUGACAAAGGACGAAAACUAAAACCCUUGCGUAUGAAUACAUUUCUAUUUAGGAACUUAUUGUGAGGUGCCUGCAAAGGAGUGCUUUUAGAUCAUUUCAAAUAUGUACUCUUCGAGUCAUGAAAUAAAUUUUGCAUAGAAAAGUAUCCAGAUUUAGUACCAAGGACCCUACACAAAUCAGGAAAUGUAUAUCGAUAAUGCUUCAUGUCUAACAAUUAUGUUUAAUAUAAAGUCUAUUAAAUGGUAAGUCUUGAGACAUUUUAAAUUGCUUUCCAUUGUUUUCAAUAUUUCCUGUGACUCUCAUUUCCUGAGUUGAUUAGAAUGCUGUUUGGGUAUACCUACCCUAGUUUCAGAAGCAUAGAUUGUAGUAUAACUUUUAAAUUUUUUGAAACACUCAUUUUAUGAAUUAUACACUAUUUUAAACACUUUUAAUCUCAGAAGAAACAUAUGUGGCAUGAUAUUUUAGGAAUGAAUAAAUAGAUGGUCUUAGAGAUUCAGUAAGUUCACUAAGGUCCACUAACCAAUAAGUGACAAAACUGAGCAUCCAUCCUAGAUCUGUCUGACUUUGGGUCAGUGACCUUGCUCCAAUUCCAUACGAAUUUUUGUCAUUAGAUAUCGUCUGGCCAAGAGAAGAAAUGUUUUUACCAUAUUCAUACUACUGUUCAAUCUUUAUUUAGAAAUAAUAAUGUAUGUAUUUAUCUAUGGUUUAUUUUCUUACAAACCAAUAAUCCUGCUUUUAUGAGAAUCAAUUUUAGCUAUUAUUACUAAUGCUCUGAUCUCUCCAAAUCUCAAGUAAGAAACAAAAUUGAAAGAGGAACUUAUGCCAUCCCAUUUUCUCCUGAACAUAUAACUUUCAUUUAACAGAAAAGAUUAAUGGUACUGAGUGGGAAUACUACAUAAUUCUGAUUGCAUUAUUAGUUAAUUGUUUUCUUCACAUGGUAGUAUAUUUCCAGAGUCACCCAUACUUACAUUUGUAAUACAUCUUUCUGAUUUUAGAGUUUGUUUUUUAGCAGUUUUCUAUUAAUUAUACUGCACUGCUGAAUCAGGAAAAUUUAAGAAAAAGAAUAGUUUUAUAUGUGUAAUAUACAACAUAGAUGAUCAUUAAAUUUUUAGAAAUUCUGAGAAGUUAAGGAGAAGCAUUGUUUGUUAUAAAACUUUAUAACUGUUAUUUUUUAAAUAGGUAAUUUUUGCAUGGUUGUGUCCUGAAUAUAUUAUAAAUCUGUGCUGGUAACUUUAAUAAAGGUAGUAUUACUG